UCUAAGAGUUUUCUUUUUACUGUCAGCUUGGUGGCCAUCUGUUCAAGGCCGUAUUAGAAGGGAACAAGAAAGAAGCAGAAAGACUGUUGGCAGUUGGUGCAGACCCAGACAGUCACGGUGGAAAGCUGGUGAAUGGAGUGUUGGCACGAGAGCUUGGAGUGACUACAGCUGGCCUCCUGGCCAGUGCCCUGAAUAUGGAAUGGGCUGUAACCAUGUUUGCCAAGAAUGCAAGAAAUGAUAAAACCGGUGAAACUGGCCUUCUGACAUCAGCUGUCUCAAACUCUGUGCAGCUUAAAGUUCCCUCACGACAAUUUCGUGUGAGACAUGCAACGGCAAUUCAAGGUGCUGAUGUGUACAAGAUGGACAAGGAGGCACGAGGCUUUGUUCGCAUCUUGAACUUCAGUUGUUUCAAGGACAGAUCCGACCUGAACCUUCAGCAACUCGACUACGAUGCUUGCAUAAUGUCAGAUGUAUUUGAUAAGAUGGGAUACAUGUGUAAAACACACUCGUCACUCACGGCUCAGCAGACUAAGGAGGUCAUGAAAAACAUUAGGGAUGGUGAUGAGCUAACAGACGUCGGAUGUGCUAUAUUUGUCAUUUGUGGAUAUAGUGUAAAUGGCAGGAGUGUUCUUACGUCUGACAUGAAAUGUGUAGACAUCGACUAUAUGUUGAAUGCGUUCAAAGAUUCCGAAUGUCCUCAGCUCAAAAACAAACCCAAACUUUUCAUUUUCAACUUGUUUAACAUGAAUGAAGUUAUCGAGACUUCAAGCAGUGAAAGUCCAAAAGUGAUGAGGUUGACAGAUCCCCUGAACGACAUGGCUUGUCUAUAUUCGAACAGCAUUGGUGUGAACUGCGUCCCGAAUGGGAAAGGAACCUCCUUCAGCUGGUCCUUGUGUCGCACUUUGGCAGAACAUGCUGCUGAGCAUGAACUUUGUGAUUUUUACAGAGAAUUCCUGAAAGAAUACAACAAGAGCUCUCCUAGUUUCUCACCUGAAUUGAGGUACUUUGGCUUCACCAAGAAAUUCUUCUUUAAUCCUAUGUAAAUUGAAUGAGACCCUCUUUGAAGGGAGUUUUAUCUG